UUCUUGGAGCAAAGGAGCUCCAUUAGUCUUUGAACCAUAAUGUAUGUUCACUUUCAAAGUCAAGCAGUUAAAGUCGUCCAUGUCCUUCAACCCCAGAAGCACAGUAGAAUUGGGCCCAGAAUCAUCUGAUCACUACUCAAUACGCAUAUUCCAUCGUCUUUCCAGCCAGUUUCUUUAGUCUUCGCUAGUCAAUUGUCCAAGUCAACUGCCGUAGUUUACACACACAAACUCACUAUAUCAAGAACAUAACAGAUGGUAGGUUAGAUACACCAAACAACUGAUUACAACAGAGAAAAUCCGUAUUCUUAAGCCCCGACAUAUUUGGGAUGGGUGUUGGCCACAGUUUUCUUGGUUUCUUUUUACUCCUCUGCUGUUUUGGGCUUCUUCACUCUGCUCCAAAUAAGAAAACAGAUGAAGGGAAGAGCCGGUACUCGGCGCCGCCUUUCGAGUGUGGAAAGUUCGGGAAGCUUUGGUACCCUUUCACCAACACUAGUUGCUCAGAAUGUGGCCUGCACGUAAGUAAUUGUGAUAACCCAGGUGCAGAUGUUCAAGUUUUUCUUAGAAACCAAACAUACAAACUUGAAAGUAUAGCUUGGAAGGAUAAUUUUUCUGCUAUAAUUUUCAUCCAAGAAACCGGUGCCGCUGUAAAUUUAUGGGAGCUUCGUGGGGACUUGUCUCUCCGGGUAGUAAACCGCGUUGCCUUCUUCAAAUGCACUCAUGAGUAUCACCCUGAAGACCAUGGCAUAUUCCACUAUGAAAGGUGUCAUUCUACAAAUUAUGAUGUGUAUUUCGGUUCGGAUCAUUCCUUUCCUUCAGAUUCUAUGUAUGGUGAUCGAAUGUUCCCUAGUUUGUUAAACGCGUGUUCAGAUGAUACGAGUGAAACACAAGAACAACCCAAUUCCACUCAACAGUGCACAUCCUUCAAGUCUUUUGUUAUAAUCGAAGUAGCAUCUGCAGAUCCUCUUUACUCAUAUUGGCCAGUGACUCGUACAACGGGAAAGACAGGGGCUUCGAAGGCAGCAAUAUUAGGUUUAUCUACCGGAUUGGCUGCUAUGAUCAUAGUUGCCACGUGUCAGUUAUGUGCAAUUCUUUUACUGUACAAACGGAGACACAAUUCUUCAGGAGGCUAUGGAGGCAAAUUAAGGAACCUGUAUUCUCGCCCAAAUUCAAACACAAACCCAGAAAGUGGAAAUCUCUACUUCGGAAUCCCUCUCUUCUCCUAUGAAGAACUCCAAGUCGCAACUAACAAUUUUGACCAAACUAAAGAACUUGGAGAAGGUGGCUUUGGAACUGUUUACUAUGGAAAGCUUAGAGAUGGACGAGAAGUUGCAGUGAAACGCCUAUUCGAGCGUAACUACAAGCCAGUUGAAUCAUUCAUCAACGAGAUUCAGAUCCUCACACGCUUGCGCCAUAGGAAUCUCGUAUCCCUCUAUGGCUGCACUUCACGUCAUUCUCGUGAGCUACUCCUUGUGUAUGAAUACAUCCCUAAUGGAACUCUCAGUUAUCAUCUCCGCGGUGACAGAACAAAGUCAAGCACAUUGACCUGGCCGGUGAGAAUGAAAAUCGCCAUUGAAACUGCUUGUGCAUUGGCUUAUCUCCAUGCUUGCGGUAUCAUUCACCGUGACGUGAAAACCAGCAACAUUCUCCUUGACAACAACUUCGGUGUUAAGGUUGCUGAUUUUGGGCUUUCUAGAUUGUUCCCCAGUGACGUCACACAUGUCUCCACGGCGCCACGUGGAACCCCUGGUUAUGUUGACCCGGACUACCGUCUGUGCUACCAGCUUACAAACAAGAGUGAUGUGUACAGUUUCGGAGUGGUUCUUGUUGAGUUAAUAUCGUCGCUGCCGGCUGUUGAUAUGAACAGAGAAAGGGAUGAUGUUAAGUUGGCGAAUGUAGCUGUAAGGAAGUUUCAAAAGGGAGCGUUUUGUGAAUUGGUGGAUCCUUCUCUUGGAAUUCAGUCAGACGAUGAUUCAAGAAGGAUGAUAAUUUCGGUGGCCAAAUUGGCUUUUUACAGAGGUUCAGCGCCCUGGCGUUUCGCUGGAUUAUGCGGCAGCUCCAAAUUCUUUGACCAACAACACCCAGCGCCGUCCCCAAACAUUCUGAUGGAAUGGAUAACUAGAUUACUUGUUAAUCAUUACUCCAUGUUUGCCAACCGCUGA